GCCCUUUGCAGCUUUCUUUUAUACCACGACACCAUGUCUUACACUGACCACCUCUCCGCUUUUUACAACCAGUCCCAGAGUCCGCAAAUAAUGCACAACGUGGAAUUCUCUGGGACGACAUUCGUAGAACAUGUCCAAGCCACCGAAGUCGGUGUUUCAAGAUGGUGACACUAAUCGGAUUAUCGUCUCUAUGCCCGAACACACGAUGCCGAACCUCUGCAUUACUAACAUGGUGUUGCCACUGAAUGUCAGCAAUCCUUCGGAGACAACGAUGAUCGGACACAGAAAGUCGUCUAACAUCCUCAACUCGGAGAGGUCAGGUUUCACAAGCAUAGAGCAAAACUGCUCUCACCGACGCGUUGUAGAUCCGACCUUUUACAGCCAGACUAACAUCACGAAGGCGCCAAAGGUGGCCCAGAUUGGCAUAAGCAGCUCUGGGUUUCACUAUACGUGCAUUGAUCUCAUCACUCACGCCACCACCAGCAUUUAUGCAGCUACCCAGAUACACGAACUUCUCGACUACGUCUAUCUGCUCACCAUCCAGGGUGAGUACAGGAUUAGAAUCCUGCCAGUCUUGUAAAAGUACUUUGCACUUCGGAGCUGCAAAGCCCAUACCGUACCUAUGGACACUGAUUACCAACUGAUUAAGUGCGGAUUGCAUGCCUUGGGAAUUAUCACUCAGUAAGACAAUAUCAUCCACAUACUCAAGGUCGAGAAGUCUUUCUCCAGGCAACAGAUUCCCACCGCCAUUACUUGCAUCCAUCAGAACUGUUUCCAGAGUGUCGUCGAUGGCGAAGUUGAAGAGGAAUGGUGAGAUUUUGCAACCCUGCCUAACCCCACUGCUCGAAUGGAGGAAUGGAGAAAGGUGGUUGUAUGCCCUCACUCUACCUGAGGUGUUUGUAUAUAGGGCCUAUAGGAUGUUAAUAAACUUCUCAGGCACACCCUUCUUCAAUAGAAAAUCCCAGAGAACAGUCCUGUCUAACGAAUCGAGGGCAGCCGUGAUGUCAAGAAACACUACGAUUGUUGGCCUUUGAUAAGUAUGGCGGUGUUCUAACAUUAGACGGAGGGUGAAGAUAUGAUCAAUACAUCCUCGACCAGAACGAAAACCAACCUGAUCCCCGCAAGUCAAUCUUUCUCGGGUUUUGAACAACCUACGAAGUAUGACGGAAGCCAAUAGCUUGGACGCAAUCGGAAGUAGACUUAUCCCCCGAUAGUUGUUACAGGAACGACGUGAACCCUUUUUAAAGAUAGGGACAACUAUCGACUCAUUCCAUGACAUUGGUACACUCUCUAGCUCCCAAACCGUUGUAAACAAUGUCGUCAAUUCCUUAGUCAGAAAGUCACCACCAUCUUUAAAAAGAGCCGGAGGUAAGUCAUCUGGGCCAGGUGAUUUGUAACUUACUAGCAGCAGAAGUUGCAACCAGCUUGCUAACAUCAAUCCGUUGAUGGCGGUCACUUCGUUGGCCACUGAAAAGUAAGGUAAGAUUGGCGCAGACCAAAGCAUGAUCAGAGUCCAGAUAGGUACUCCAAAAGGAGCGGCAGUCUUGUACACAACCACGCCAGCGGUAGCUGAUCGCGAUGUGAUCAAUCUGAGUCCAGGCUUGAGAUGCAGAGGGAUGACGCCAGCUGGCACAAUAAUAGUAAUGAUAAUAAUUUGAAUCAUUUGAUUGUUAUUCGAAGCGAGAAAAGUAGUUUCCAUAGAUAUAGAGAGUUCAUCAUUUGCGUUUGGGCUGUGAUACUGCCCGGGUGCCCAAACCGAAGCAGAUGGUUAUCUUAGGGGGCCACACCCCGAGCCUUUGACCUAUAGGUCUAACCCACAAGGCAGUGGAGCAUCGUGAGGAGAUGCAGUCCCAUGGCAGCCGGUGACCAACGAUUGAUUCAUACGCCAUUUGUUCCUGCAGGAUACUGGAGCCCAUGUGCACCAUUGGUUUGGGAUCCGGUUAAAGCGCCGGACAUUUGCUUUUCGUCGUCUCAUUUUCGUAAACAACACCCCCGCCACGAGAAGGCAGUGAGUAGGACUUCCCUGGCAGAGGCUGUAUACACAUGGCCGUGUGAGAGUAUCUCGAGAGGGAGGGCGGACCCACCCCGCUCUCGGCCAUACCAGGGCAUUUGGGAGCCGAAAGCAAGAGAGAUGGAAAAGGCAGCUGCAUUAGGUAACAGCAUGCAACUGCCUCACGACAAGUUUUCUCAUCAGUAUCUAGCUAUUUACUGCUUACUUUUAUAGCCUAAACGAACUUUCAUGUCUCAUUAUCAAUCUAACCUAGAAUGGGUUAGCGGUCAUUGUUCUCCAUUAGUUAGUUAUGCUGACUCCAUUAAUGAAACCAGUUCAUUACCAUGUUGGCAAGUUGUCAAUGAGGAUUCACAAUCCAAUAUAUCAUUCAUUAAUAGCGGCUAUUCCGAACAUGGAACUCCAACUAAAUUGUUUAGUCUGAAAAAAAAACGGUCAAGGACUUUAUUCACAGAAGAAAAUGUUAAAAUUAGUGGUUUAUCGGUACUCUCACCAUCAUCACUGCCGCAACAACAACAAACUAUCUUUCUAUCCCUGUGUUUAUGCUUGCUUUUCGUCAGCCCGAACCCGCUAUGUGAAAUGAUGUACAUUAACAAUCGGUAUACAUAUAUAUAUCCCUCUGACAUAGACAAAGACAUGUAGUGUUCCUUGCUACAAUCUCUUACCUACCGGCAUGUGAGUACAGAUAUGUGAUAUGUCUUGGUUCGCCCAGCUCAUCAGCCCUGCUCUUGAAAAGUAUCUACCUGUUAUAUGGGCUGAUUCAGGUGUUGGGGAUGUACGCACCGACUUACUUAUUAAAAGAAGCAGUAAACGAGAUUCACAAGAAGUGAAUAGGUAUGAAAGAAGAUCACAACAAACUAUUAAACAUUCUAACCAAAGAAAGAGUCAAUCGAAAAAGACUUCAUCUGCUAACAACAAUAGACAACGACAACGUUCUUUACUGGAAUUUUUAAAAUAUAGUGAUUAAAUUAAAUGUAUAUAUGAAAUAUUUGUAUUUUUUUAAACAAUGAAUAGUAAUUGUCAGAACUGACUACCCUAACAGUUUGACAGAUUUCUGUUUGAUAGUUUUUUAAUACUUACCUCAUGAUAUUUGUAUCUUGUACACUUUGUAUUAUCUUCACUUUAAUCUUUUGUAGCAACAUUUAUGCGUGUAUUUUACCGAACUUAUUUUAUUGUUUCGAAAUGUUUUUGCAUAAAUCUGAAUGUCUUAUUCUUCGUUCUUUUUUUGUAAAAGACAAUUGAAAAAUUUACUGGUUUGAUGAUUUUGAAAUGAAUAGAUAGUAAGGUGCUUUAUGAUAUGAGAAUUUAAACUGAACUAAAUGAAUUAUGUGUUGGAUACUAAUUAGAAUAGGUUACAUAAAGUGAUUUUGUUAUUCAGUAAACAUGUUAAAGUAGGUAUUGUAACAAAGUAGACAGUUUUAUACAAAAUAUUAUCCUUAUUGGUUUUAGAUUCAUAUCAUUUAGUCUAACCUGCAUUUCCAAAUUUACAAUCCCCUUUUGGGGUUAAAUAGCAAUCAGUGAUUAUUCUGCAUAGUAACUACUCAUAUUUUUAUGCUGUAUAAUACUUUUCUCAAAAAUUCAGUUUUGUUUGUUUUUAUAAAUUACUGAGAACCAGCUGUUAGUAAUUGUUGACUGGAUAUACUUAAUAAUUCUUGUUUUAAUGAUCCAAUACAAAUCGUGCUUUUGCUAAUUUGUGCUAUAUGACGGGUCUAUGUUAUAUUUGUUCCAACAUUUUCGUUGUAUCGUAUUUACUUAUGAUUGAUCAUCACAUAAAAUCGAUCAUUUGUAGAAAGAAAUGUUUAUAUGCAAU